CGGCGCGCACAGUGGGGUGGAAACAGGUAAUACAUGGCCUCUCUAACGCUAUGAAAAUUACAAGAAGCGGGCCCGACGCGGGUGGACGCCUUGGCAGUGUCUAGCCGUUGUCUCCGCUCCAUAACCCCCUUACCAAACGGCGGGUGGCGAUUGUGAAUCGGCCGUAGGAGAGCCUUCGUCCGAAGGCGUGUGACUGCGCGGCCGGCCAGUAGGAGCCUUGCUUCCAAUUCAACCUACCCCCUUUUUCGCCGACAGUGUUCUAAUGUUGGACACUCUAGUCACCGGGAUACGAGGGCAUUGGGCACCGUCAAACGAUCCCUCCGGCAUCUCAGUGCGCGGCGGGCUCGGAGGUGACCGAUCUACGGGUAACGGAACAACCUUCUGUCGGCGGCCGGCGGCUCGUACUCGAAGCAUUGGCAGAACCGAUUGCCAAGUAGCCAAGGUCUGGGCAUGGCGGGGAAGUACGGCGGCACAAUAAACUCUGUAUGCAUUCGUGUUGCUGCGCGUAUUCUCCGGACGCAACAGCUACGAUCUUCUUACAGUCAGAGUACAUAAUUUGGAGGUCGCGCUGCGGCUCGCGUACAUACAUCGCGAGGCGGUGUGCGCGUUGUAGUUAGCGCGGCCGACAGUCGCGACAAGGUCAUGUGCGCGUGUCGCAGGGUCGUUCUGGGGGUGUGCAAACACUGUGUGCGGGGCAUCAGCGUCAACAUCAGAACAUCAGACGAAUUCAGGUCUGAGGAACGUCUUCCGCGCAGGAAUCGCCGCGGUUUCACGCUUGCUCUCUGGGGGCUAAGCCGGCUGGGACAGUCUUGCCGUAAUGUGAAGAUCACAAGCGAGCGUCGGGAAGUGUGCUGCACUGGCUCACCCGGGGAGUUGACCAUCGGGACUUGGCUCGUUGUCUUGGUUGCUAGCCGCGACCAGUCGGUGCACGUCGUUUGCACCGGACAACUGCGCUCGGGCUAGCCAUCUGCUCUCCAGGUGAUGGGACGUUGCCGCGGCACGUUUUGUGCUCACACGACCUGACCCUGGUUGUGCACGAUGCGUCCACCACUGACUCAAACUCCGUGGCUCCCGUAAUGUAACGAGGGCAGGAAUUCGCCAAGAAACCACGCCCUUCUUGACACCACGCGCCAAGGCGCAGAACAGUCAGCAUGAUUGGCAGCGAGCAAGAACUCACGUCUCUCACAUUUUCGGCCAGAAUUUCCUAUUUGCUAUCGGCGAUGGAGCAUCCCGCGCGACCCCGGACAGUGCGAGCUUGGUAAUUCCGGAACCGCCAUAGCUGGGUGACCGCCGAGUAA